AUGGCUAAUCAUCUUCUCUCACAACACGGAAAUCAACAGGUUGGAGAGAAAUGGGUAUCUAAUCUUGUUAAACGUCGGCCAGAGAUUGAAUCAAAAUUCUCACGGAAAUAUAACUAUGAACGAGCCAAAUGCGAAGAUCCGAAGAUAAUCCGAGAACCUUUUGAUCGCGUACGAGAGGUUAUCUCAGAGUAUGGAAUCUUACCAGAAGAUAUCUAUAAUUUUGAUGAGACUGGCUUUGCUAUGGGACUCUGUGCGACUGCAAAGGUUAUAACCGGAAGAGAUCGAUAUGCUCGGCCGAAGCUAUUACAGCCUGGCAAUCGAGAAUGGGUGACUGCAAUUGAGGCGACUAAUUCAACUGGAUGGGCCUUGCCUUCGUAUACUAUUUUCAAGGCAAAGAGAUAUGCUCAAUUAGGCUGGGUUGAGGAUCUUCCAGAUGAUUGGAGAAUCAAUAUCAGUGACAAUGGAUGGACAACAGAUGAGAUUGGAUUAGAAUGGCUUCAAACCCAUUUUAUUCCUCUUAUUAAUGGCCGUACUUUGGGAACAUAUCGAAUGCUGAUUCUUGAUGGCCAUGGAAGUCAUUUGACUCCUGAAUUUGAUCGUACAUGUACUGAGAAUAAUAUUAUUCCAGUCUCUUCGCAGCAACCGGAUUAA